AUGUUUCGCCUUUCCCUAUUGCACCGUUGCCUGCCCAUCGGCGUUGCCUGCCGCACCCUCGGCUUUCAGGCGCCACCCACAAACAAGCACGACCUCAAGAAGAAGUUCGUGCAGCUCACAAAGGAGAAUCACCCAGACCUGCACGCCGAUGAUGAGAAGGCUGCGACGGCACGAAUGGUUCAACUGACGGAAGCCUACACCUCCCUGAAAAAGCUGCUCGAGCACCGAGUGCAAUAUCGGCAAGGCGCUAACCUCGGCCAGCACCGCCAGGGUCCCUCCAGCGCAGUUGCGAACAGUGAGAGCGGCACGGCAGCGCGUCCGCACGAAGAUGAGUGGGCAGAGGUGGCGACUAGCUUCCACGCACCGGGCUCAUCGAUAAGCCUGCGUGGCGUUACGCUGCCGUGGCAACGCGCCGCCAGCAACACGGUGAUAUCCUCAAUGGAGUCGAAGUUGCGGGAGCCAAGCGUGUCCUUCCAUGAAUUCGUGCGCUACGCGCGGCACUUCGAAAAGCACCGGCAGAAGCGGGAGGAACGCAUCCGGGAAGAUGCGGCCACAGCAGACGGCACGCACGGCUUCACGGCGGAGUAUUUCGAGAGCGUGCAGAAGAACAGAGCUGCCAGGCGUGGGACGGAGCGUCGUGGCCUGCCCUCGACGCACCUCAUGGCCCUAGGCGCCUUCUACUAUGGCUAUCGACUACGCAACGCCAUCGCACAGGCACCACGGACUGCAUGGCGCACGCUUCACUAUGUCUUUCUCGGCCACUGA